UACUUGUUACAUACAGGGCCUAAACCCAAGUCGAAGCCCAACAAACCCUAACCCUAAAAAAGUGAAGUAGCGCUACAUACCUUUUCCUCUCUUUCUCAAUUCAGCUUAAGCUGCCGCUGCCUUCUCAGACUCGCAGUCGAGGCGACCAUUGUGACGGUCAUCUUCUCAGACUCACACCGCAAGUGCUGCCCCACCUUAGUUGCUUCCUCUCUCCCUAUUCUCCGAUAACGUCUUCACCACUCACUAACUCAAUUUCUCUCUCCUUCACAAGAAGCUACCAUGGUGAGAAUCAGUGUCCUUAAUGAUGCCUUGAAGAGCAUGUACAAUGCUGAGAAGAGGGGCAAAAGACAGGUCAUGAUCAGACCCUCAUCGAAAGUGAUCAUCAAGUUCUUGAUCGUUAUGCAGAAGCACGGUUACAUUGGUGAGUUUGAAUAUGUUGAUGACCACCGUUCUGGUAAAAUUGUGGUGGAGCUCAAUGGUAGACUGAACAAGUGUGGCGUUAUAAGUCCCAGAUUCGAUAUCGGUGUGAAGGAGAUUGAAGGGUGGACAGCAAGGUUGCUUCCAUCUCGUCAGUUUGGGUACAUUGUUUUGACGACCUCUGCUGGAAUCAUGGAUCACGAAGAGGCACGUAGGAAAAAUGUGGGAGGGAAGGUUCUUGGUUUCUUUUACUAGUUUGUGGUUGAGUGUGAGGGUUAUUUUUUUGACAGCAUUUUGGAGAAAGUUCUGGAUAGUAUUAGUAGGUCUAUGUUUAUUACUGUUUAGACGAUGUUUGAGUAAAACUAAUUGUUUUCUAUAAGCAUUUCUUAAAUAGAGGAAUUUUUGUUUUUGGAGUU